AUGGAUCCAGCAAGCGGCUCCCAACCUCAAUCUCAACGGCAUCGGCCAGCUGCCGGUGCCUUCACAAUCAAACUCCCACCACGCAUAAUCGGCUCCUUGACCUCAGAAAGCUCGCCUGCAUCUGCCUCCUCCGAUUCCACGCCAGUCUUCACGCCUUUUUCAGCACAGUCGCCCGCCGCCCUAACGCCAUCUACCCCGUCGGACAGCGGGAGCGGGGAGCUAUUCUUUCGAGAAACAAAGGCCGAUGGCGGUUUGCCAGACGAUUUUGACAGCAAAGUCCCCAAAUCCUGGGAUACCUGCGUGCACGAUGUUAUCACACAGAAGUGCCAGCAGGCACCAGAAGCCCCAGCUAUCGCCGCAUGGGACGGAUCAUUCACGUACGGCGAGCUGGAUACGUUGUCGACGCGACUCGCCUCGAUCCUCGUGCUUCUCGGCGUGAAGCCCGAGACGUUUGUUCCCAUUUGCAUGGACAAGUCGCGGUGGACGACGGUUGCGAUUCUGGGCGUUAUGAAGGCCGGGGGUGCGUUUGCUCUGCUUGACCCGUCGCAUCCAGUUUCGAGAUUACACACCCUCUGCGAGGACUUGGGUGCUGGUAUGGUUCUUACUUGCACAGCGCAGAGGGAGCGCUGUAUGGCUAUUGCUAAUGCGAUUGUGGUUGACCGGUUGUGUGAGGCGUGGUUCCCUUCUACAACAAGAUCAACAACAACAACAACUACGGCUACAACUACUACUACUCCGGAGAUGAACUCUCCGCAAACGACAAAACCAGUAUCUCCAACGAAUGCGUUAUACGUAGCAUUCACCUCAGGCUCAACAGGAAAACCCAAAGGCGUGGUAAUCGAGCACCGGGCCUACGCCUCCGGAGCCCGGGAACACUUACCAGUCUUCGAAAUUGACCACACAUCACGCGUGCUCCAGUUCUCCUCCUACGCCUUCGACGUGAGUAUCAUGGAGACACUGAGCACAUUAAUGGCAGGCGGCUGCCUAUGCGUGCCCGACGAGACGGCCCGAACGGACCCGGGGCUCUUCGUCGACGCUCUGAAUCACUUCCAGGUAACCCACGCGAUGCUGACGCCCUCAUUUGCGAGGACAAUGCCUUGGCACGAGGUUAAGUACAUCCGCACGUUAAUCCUCGGCGGCGAGGCCAUGCAGCCAGCUGAGGCGGCUGUGUACGCUGAGCGGGGGAUCUGGCUGGUAAAUGCCUACGGGACGGCGGAGUGUUCUGUGAAUGCCACGACGGGACCGGGGAUCAAACCUGGAUCCGACCCAAACCGCGUCAGUCGGCCCACGGGGACGGUAAUCUGGCUGAUUGACCCGGAUGAUCCCGAGAAAGAACCAGUGGGUCCUGGGGUGGAGGGCGAGGUGCUACUUGAAGGGCCGAUUGUUGGUCGGGAAUACUUGAAUAACCGCACAGCGACGGCGAAGGCGUUUAUAGACCCGCCGGGUUGGUUAAAGAGACGUCGUGCUGGGCAAUAUCAGCACCGGCUGUAUCGGACGGGGGAUCUUGCGGUUCGGGAUGGUAGCACGGGGGCUCUCACGCUGCUGGGCCGUAGGGAGGGCCAGGUGAAGAUUAGAGGGCAGAGGGUGGAAUUGGCGGAGAUUGAACAGCAUCUUCAAGAGACGUUCCCCAGGGCUACGGAGGUGGUUGUCGAGAAGGUCACCACCGAGUGCGACAAGCGGGAUAGUCUGGUGGCAUUUAUACAACUUGAUAAACAGAAGACGAUGAGCAGCAAUCCUUCCUUAUUAUCCCCUGUUGACGCCGACAGUGGCUCCUUAUUAUUCCUGCCCGCAGACUCGGCGUCAAUUACGCAGUUCGCUGCCGUCCAGACCCAACUCCAAGACCGUCUCCCAAAACACAUGAUCCCCAGCCUUUUCAUCCGCGUCGUCUCGCUCCCCAGGACCUCAUCAGGAAAAGUCAACCGGUCCAUCCUGCGCGCAACCGCCGCCCGUCUUUCCAGAGCAGACCUACAAGCAUUCGCCAGCGCCCGAACUCAGAGCCGGGCGCCCGCCACCGCAAUGGAGUUCGCCCUGCAGCAGGUGUACGCAGACGUCCUCGGCCUGCCGCUUACCAAGAUUGGGAUGGACGACUCGUUUGUCCAACUGGGCGGGGACUCAAUCCUGGCGGUGCGCCUGGUGGGGGCUGCGCGGAAGGCCGGUCUCGCCCUUGGUAUCCGCGACGUCCUGGGGCCGACGCGGUUGGAGGCGCAGGCGCAGGCGGCAACAGUAGCAGCAGCAGCAACAGUCCCGGACAUGUCGACAUCCCCCCCAGAGUACGUGUGUUUCGCAGCACUGGGCACCCGGUGCCGCGUAGAGGUGCUACGCAUCGCCGAAGAGCAAUGCGGUGUUCCCCGGGCCGGCAUCGAAGACGUGUACCCGUGCACACCGCUGCAGGAGGGAAUGUUUGCCAUGUCUAUGAGCCAGCCCGGGAUGUAUAGCGACCGGAUUGUCUUUGAAGUGCCUCAAUCCGUAUGCAAGUCCCGAUUUCGCGCAGCGUGGGAAGAGACGGUGCGUGCUACGCCGAUUCUGCGCACGCGCAUCAUCCAGACGCCAGAGGGACUCUUGCAGGUUGUUAUCCGGGAAGCCGGGGACAUGCUGUGGGAUUAUGAGAGAGAAGAAUACAACAGUCUGCCCAUUCGACCGGGAGGACCCCUAAUGCGCUGUUCGCUGGUUGGCGGCAAAUUGAUUCUCACAAUCCACCACGCAGUCUGGGAUGCGUGGACAAUGCAGCUCGUGCACGAACGGCUUCAGCGUGCCUUCAAGGGCGAGCUGCGUCCAGAGCCUUCCAGUCGGCCGUUCCACCCCUUCAUCCAGUACCUACAGGGGAUCGACAAUGAUGCACUGGACGCCUUUUGGCGCGAGCAGCUGGCUGGCCACGAGUCAGCCAUAUUCCCGAGCUUGCCAUCCGCGCAGUAUCGACCGUCACCCACCGCCGUGUUGCAGUACACCGUGCAGAACAUCCACAUGGCUGCCCGAAGCCAUACGCUGGCGACGUAUAUCCACUUGGCCUGGGCCCUCGUGGUGGCAGAGUACACGGACUCGGCGGAAGUCAUGUAUGGGCUCACCGUGAGCGGCCGGAGUGCGCCGCUGGCUAACAUUGCCGGGAUAGCAGGUCCAACCAUUGCGACGGUUCCCAUGAGAGUGUCCGUUGGCUCCAAGGACACUGUCCCCGCGGUGCUCCAGCAGAUCCACUCGCGCACGAUCGGCAUGAUCCCGCAUGAGCAGGCGGGCCUGCAGCGGAUUGCAAAAGCCAGCCCCGACGCUGCCAGGGCGUGUCGCUUCCAAAGUCAUCUGAACAUUCAAGUCGCACCAGCAGCAGCGGAGCAGGCAGAGAGACUCUUCCCCCUCAUACAUGGCACCCCAGGCCGAGGAAUGGAUCUGACGCGGUUCUCCAACUACGCUCUCAAUCUCUUGCUGCAGCUCAGCGGCGAUGGAAGCACGGUCACCGUCCACGUUGCGUACGAUCCCCAGAUCCUCAGCGGUGGUGAGGUUACCCGGAUCCUGCAACAAUGGGAGCACGUCCUGCACCAGGUCAGCCGGCAGCCGACAGUGAAACUCAACGAGAUCGACCUGUUAAGCACACGCGACUGGGACGACCUGAAGCGGUGGAACGCCAUUAUCCCGACAGCGGAUCGGCGCUGUCUGCAGGAGCUCGUGCUGGCUCAAGAAGCGCUCAAACCACAACGUCUAGCUGUUUCCGCCUGGGACGGCGACUUCACAUACAAGCAGCUGGUGGCGUUGAGUGCUAGCCUCGCGAGGCGCCUCAAGCCGCUCGCCGUAGGCCGCGGAUCCUUUGUGCCCAUCUGCAUGGAGAAGAGCCGGUGGACAAUCGUCGCCAUCCUGGGCGUCCUCCGGGCUGGUGGAACGUGCGUGCUCCUGGACCCCAAGCAUCCGCGACAGCGUCUACAGGAGAUCAUACGCAGUGUCUCCGCACGCCUUCUCAUCCACGACGCCUCCACAGCACCAUUGACGAAGGAUCUGACUCCCAGCGCGCUCUGUGUAUCAGCUGAACUCACCAAGCGGCUAAAGCGAAAUUCGCACAAGAUGCACCGGUCGCCACCGUCCAACCUACAUUCAAACCCCGACGACCUGGCCUUCGUCAUCUUCACCUCCGGCAGCACCGGACGCCCCAAGGGAAUCGCAAUGCCGCACUACGCGCUGAGUACGAGUAUCCGUGACCAUAGCGCCGGGAUGAAGGUGGACGCGGCCACGCGCGCACUGCAUCUCUCCUCGUACGCGUUCGACGUCAGCAUAUAUGAGAUUUUCACCACGCUGGCCGUGGGCGGGUGUAUCUGUGUGCCCUCGGAGUUCGAGCGGAUGAACCAGCUGGCUGAGUCUAUUGAAAAGUACGGCACGAACUGGUCGUUUAUGACGCCCUCUGUGGCGCAGACACUCAAUCCGGCCGAGGUGCCUAGCCUCACUACUCUCGUACUCGGUGGUGAAGCAGUGACGCAGGAACACGUGGAUGGCUGGGCUUUUUCUUUGUCUUCGUCGUCUUCUUCUUUUAGUCCCAGUCGAUCCCUGAUCAACGGCUACGGCCCCGCAGAGGCAACAAUCUGUGCCGUGGGCCCAAUUCAACCCCGGCACUGGCGACCCGGUACGAUCGGCCGCGUCGUAGGCGGAGUGGGCUGGGUAACGAAGCCAUCCGACCCAUCCCAGCUCGUGGGCAUCGGAGCCAUCGGCGAGCUGCUUCUUGAAGGGCCCUUCCUUGCCCAUGGCUAUCUGAAUCAGCCCGAUGUCACCGCCGCGUCUUUUAUCGAUCCUCCCCCCUGGCGCCUCCGGCUGCCGUUCGCCUGUGAUGCCGGGGAAGGAAAUACAAAGACGCGAUUAUACCGCACGGGCGAUCUCGUGCAGUAUCUGGAAGACGGUUCAAUUCGGUAUCUCGGCCGGCGAGACACGCAGGUCAAGAUUCGGGGGCAGCGCGUUGACCUCGGCGAAGUGGAGGCGCAGGUCCGACGUGGUUUCCCUGGCGCCAGUGGUGCCCAGGGUGGUGGUUUGGAUGUAGAGCAGGCCCAGGUCGUCGCCGAAACCGUCUCACUGCCGAUGGCCAAGGGGGCCGCUUCCACCCUGCUUGUGGCAUUCAUCGAGCGCCCACAGGUCACGAAGGACCCCCUUCUUCUCCCCCCAACAGAUGCGGAAUUUCAGCACGCCAUCCCGCGCGUGCAAGCGCAUCUCAAAUCCACACUCCCGCCAUACAUGGUGCCAUCUCUGUACAUACCGGUCUGCCGGGUCCCCAUGACGGUGACAGGCAAGAUCGACCGGCGGCUCCUGCGCGAUGCCUUGAGGGCACUCGCGCCACAUAAUCUUCAACUCUACCGGGUGACCGACCAACGUCGCUCGAUAACCACCACGGUGUCCAGCGCCGCCGCGCAUCGUCUGCGGGCGAUCUGGGCGGAGCUCCUGGGCGUGCCCUGUGAGGCGAUCGGGGCGGAGGAUACGUUUAUCUCGCACGGAGGUGAUUCGGUAACGGCCAUGCGGAUGCUCGCUAUCGCGCGACGGCAGGGCUUUCGGUUCACUGUUGCUGACGUGCUCAAUAAUUGGACCUUGGCUCGUUUGGCACUGCAACAGGCCUCACCAUCUCAGGACACGCCCCCGUCCUCUGCUCCCGCAAAGGGAGUCAUGGCUGUCCAGAGGGGAACAGGAACGGGCCACCACCCUUCGACCACAGACACUCAGGCCUUCCUGAUCCAGAGGUAUCCCUGGAUGCACUGGCGGUUUAGCAUCGAGGGGGAUGUGAAUACGGAGCGACUUCGCACGGCAUGCACGCGGCUCAUUGCGGCCCAUAGCAUCCUGCGGACCAGGUUCGAACGUGAUCCGUCCGGAGGCGCGAAACCGGCACAGAUUGUGAUGCAGGGACUGGAUAACCCCUUCCACACGGUUACUACCGCCGACGACGACGACUUAGAGCGCUAUACUCAGUCCCUCUCUGAGGCCGAGCAGACCAUGGACGUUCUGAGCGCCAGCACACAGCAGCCCCCGACCCGGUUUACCCUGGUCUCCAACAGCUUACGUACAGCACAUAUUCUCGUCGCCCGUCUCUCCCACGCACAGUACGACGGGAUCUGCGUGCCCAAGAUCUUCGCCGAUCUCGAAGCCCUCUACAAUCGACCGGACGCCCGGAUCGCCCCGACGGACUUCGAGCGCUAUCUCAAUGAGCGGACCGCGUAUGGCGCUCAGAACAAGCGCUCGCUAGACUUCUGGCGCGAGUACCUCGUCAACUGUCCGCCCCCUGCCAUCUUGCCUGCUCACUCGCUCUCGCCAUCGCCAUCAACGCCAUCGUCCACAACCUCUCCUCAACCUUCCCUUUCUACAGCUUCCGCCUCCCACACACUCCAAUACUCUACCCUCCCCGCGGGGGCGACUCUAGCAAUGGUAAUCAAAGCCGCCGCGUGCCUCGCCAUCGCCCGCCGAACGGGCCAGGAAGAUAUCCUGGUAGGCCAAAUCGUCAACGGGCGCAGCCUGCCCGUACCGCAGAUUGACGAAGUCGUCGGGCCCUGCGUCAACUGCAUUCCGUUUCGCGCGGUUAUUGCUCCGACAAUGAGGGCUCGGGAGUAUCUAUGGCAUAUCCGAAGCCAGCAUAAUAGUAGCAUCGAACACGAGGGCGUCGACUUUUCGACGAUUAUUGAACGUUGCGCGACACAUUUGGAUCAACCAACUUCAAAAACAACAACAUCAUCAACAAUAACAACAAUACGAACCCCGCAAACAACCAGACUAGCACUAGAAACCCUCAACAUCAUCCUCCAACACCAAAACAUCGACAUGGACCUACACAUGAACCUCGCCGGCGCGACAUACAAAUCAUUCACCUCGUCCGGGUCGCUGCGUCCCGCAUCUGAAGUCUGGAUCUGCUCGACCCCGCGUCGUUCUCCGUCUGGGCCUGCUGUCGAGGUGCAGGUUGUUGCCUCGAGUGCGGUUUUGAGUAAGGAAAUGGCGGACUGCCUUGCGUGUGAUGUUGUGGAUGUUACGAGGGUUUUGGUUGAUGAUAGUAUGCAGGAUAGGGAGUUACGGACGCUGGGAGUAGGAUUGAGCUGA